UUGUUCGCUUUCUAUAUGUGCCUGAUUCAAGCACGAAGGAUCAGUUGACAAGGUGGAUGUGCUUGAAUUUUUCUUGGCGACAAGCGAAUUUAUCCUUCUGAUCUACGCUCUCUGCGAUGGAAAAUGGCACCUAGCUCGCGAACCAGUCAGUCUUGUCAUCCGGUGCGGCUCUCUCAUUGCUAUCUUCAUGUUGCGGCAUCUCAAAGCUUUUCGUCCUCUUCCUCUUCCCAACUGGUGGUGUCGCCCAAACUUUGCCGCUGCAUUUUUCAUUGGUAACUUGCAGUAUGCACGGUUCAUGAGUUAUAUUUAUGUGACGACUUUCAUGUUUGAUUUUGGCUACACUGCACUCCUAACAGCUCUCUAUUACUUGCCUGUGGGCCGCGUAGCUUUGGUCUUCGGUAGUUUGAUUGGCCACACAACUCCGUAUAUUGGUGCAUGCUGUCGUGGUCAUCGCCUCCUUCGUUUUCUGGGAUCAUGAGUUGGCACCUUGUUUUAUUCUUGAGAUAUUGGCUUCUAAAAACUCGUCUUUCCAAAACAUAUUAUGUAUGGAGCCAAUUUUCCGCUUCUUUAUGUCGGAGGCGAAAAUUGCAGCUGCGCCACCUAGCAAAGCAGGAAUUCUUGGGCAAGUCUAUAAUACUUCCUGCCAGCUUGGAGCCAGUGUUGGAGCACCCAUCAUGACAGUCGUGGUCAACGGUGUUAACAUAAGUGACUAGGAAAUCGAUGGUCUACCCAGAUAUCAUACUGCAUUGUACGUCAAUGUCGCAUUAAUGAGUCAUCA